AAAUUUAACCAUGUCGUCCUCGCCACCUUUCUUAAGGGUUUUAAACUGGAUGUGUAUCAUCGGUUUGUUUGCCCGUUUGUCACAAGUUUACGUCGUUGCAUUUAACCCGAAAGAACUCCAAGUUAAGAGGGCCGACUUCCCAAGCGAUUUUGUCUUUGGAGUGGCUACUGCUGCAGCACAAAUAGAAGGAUCAGCAAAAUCCGCAGGAAAAGGACCAAGUGUUUGGGACACGUUUGUUAAGCAAUUCCCAGAAAGAAUUGUGGACCGGUCGAACAUGUUCACUGCCAUCGAUUCAUAUAAGCGAUACAAGGAAGACGUGAAGCUUCUCAAGGACACUGGAGUUGAUUUCUACAGAUUUUCGAUCGCCUGGACAAGGAUUCUACCCAAGGGAACCUUAAGUGGCGGAAUAAACCAAGAGGGUAUCGAUCACUAUAACAGCCUCAUCGAUGAGUUAAUCAAGAAUGGCAUUACACCCUAUGUGACCAUAUUGCACUUUGAUUGGCCACAAGCGUUGGAAGACAAGUACGGAGGCCCUUUGAACCGUUCGUUUGUGAAUGAUUUGAAGGAUUACAGUGAAAUUUGUUUCAAAACAUUUGGAGACAGGGUUAAAAAUUGGAUCACGAUCAACGAACCAUAUGUUGUUGCCUUCAUGGGGUAUGAUGUUGGAAUUUCUGCACCAGGCAGGUGUUCUGUAGACACAAGCUUUAAAUGCACAGCUGGUAAUUCAGCCACUGAACCUUACAUUGUGAGCCAUAACCUUCUCCUCGCUCAUGCCACUGUUGUUAAGCUAUACCGAAAGAAGUUCCAAGAAAAACAAGGCGGACAAAUUGGAUUAAGUCUUGUAGGAGUCUAUGUCGAGCCUUUUUCAGACUCGGUGGAAGAUAGAGCUGCAGCGAAACGAGGUUUGGACUUCAACCUCGGGUGGUUCAUGGAGCCAUUAGUAUACGGACACUAUCCGAAGAGUAUGAGAGAUUUGGUCAAGGAAAGGUUACCCAAGUUUAGCAAGAAGGAAAAGAUAUUGUUAAAAGGGUCUUUUGAUUUUAUUGGCAUCAACUAUUAUACAUCAAGAUAUGGUAAAAACGACCCAGCAAGUCCAAAGAAACCAACAUGCUACCACAACGAUGCUUUAGCUUCACUGACAGAACAAAGAAAUGAAGUCCUAAUCGGACCUCCGGCUAAUGGGAGUACUUUCAUCUACAUUUAUCCUCAAGGUCUGGAGAAAUUGUUGGCGUUCAUGAAGGAACACUAUCGAAGUCCGAAGAUCUACAUUACAGAAAAUGGAAUUACCGAGCCAAAGGAUGAUAAACGUGGACUAGGAGAAGUGCUGAAGGAUCAACAUAGAAUCGAAAAUACUCUUCGGCAUUUGUACUGGAUCAAUGAGGCAAGACAGAAUGGUGUGAAUUUGAAAGGAUAUUUCUACUGGAGUUUGUUUGAUGACUUUGAAUGGGGUGAUGGCUAUACCUCAAGAUUCGGGCUUUACUACAUCGAUUACAAAGACAAUCUUAAGCGCAUUCCUAAAGACUCCGCUAAGUGGUUCCCUAAAUUCUUGAAGGGUGAAGCCUAAAGAUACAAUACUACGAACCCCAGUUCCCAGUUCAAGUCUUUUCAAUUCUUCUUAUCUUUUGCA